GUGGUGACGGGGGGCCGGUGUGUAGGGCUGCUCCUCUUUACUGCUUUCAUUGCUGACUUCAGCAACCCGUUGUGUGUGUCCCACUAUAGAUGAGAUAAAUUCAUUUGGUGUAGAAAAUUGAAGCCGUAUUUGCAGCGUUAUCUUUUAAAACUCGUGAAUUGAUCGGGGAAAAAAGAAAAAGUUUGGUGGUGCUUAUUGCGUAAUAUUAAACAAACAGUUGAAGCGGUGCCCCCAGGAUGGAGUUUGAGUGAACGUUACAGUGGAUACUUUAUUGGCCAGAUACUGGAGGUGGAUGUAUUGACACACGGGCCAGGAGGGUGUGUGGCAGGUCAACAAUUCUCAAGGUGGAGGGGACGUGGUGGAGCCAGCGUGUGGGCCCGUGUGGGCUCUGUGAGCGCCCUGUGGGGCUCUGUGAACGCUCUGUGGGGCUCUAAGCGCGCCUUGUGGAGCCCAGUGAGCGCCUUGUGCGCUGAACCACCUCCCUUUUUAACAGUGGGCGGUGACGGUGUGGCGCCACACUGCUUUAAGGAGGCAAUCCAGGAGCCUCGUGUGAGUGGUGCUCUAGCUCCCGGGAACCGGUGGUGGUGAUGGAGUGGACGCGGCAGAGCGCCAAGUGACGUUACAAGUUAGGUUAACGGCCAGUUGAUAGCGGAGACAGUUCAAUAUGGCAGAGGGCGAUAAUCCGGGUAAUCAGGGUGCGGGCUACCCGCGCCCUUACUCCCACAUCAUCCAGGCCAACCCAUACACCCAUGAGAUGACUCUAGCCGCCCAUAGACUCUCGGAUUCUAGGUUUUUCUUCUCGGAAAGGCGGCUGUCGCAGCUGUUUAACGUCGAUGGUUGGACUGAAGAGGGCGAGACGACCCGUAACGAGUUCGGCGACGAGGACGACCCGGGCCACGACCCGCCUCCGGAGCCGGCCCCCAGGGCCUCGUAUUGCCCCCCUUCUCCCGGCACCCCAGGCGACCCCACCCCUCCGGCGCCAGACCCCCGCUAUCCGGCUGUGCGUCAACCCUCCCUCUACUCCACCCUCGGGUCCGGCUGCCACUUGGACCCGAGGUUCUCGGCCGAAGUGGCACUCGACAUGGCACGACUCUCCACCAUCAGCGGCGCAUCCGGCCGCUUCAGUUCGGGCCACCUGGACGAGGAGGACGAGGAUUCCUACGGAGCCGGCAAUAAUGGCGACGUGACCCCCACUCCAGGAUCUCCAGGGUCGUGUCGCAACUCGCGCAAUCUCUCAAGUAGAUACUCUCAGCUCUCCACCCUGGCCUCGUCCUUAGCCUCCUCCUCCGGGCACCGCUCCUCCCUGCCCUCAGCCCUCUCGGAACUGGCAGGGGAGGUAGGGGGCGUGGCUGACCUCCUUACUGACGACGAUGAGGGCCUCGGCCCCGGACCCAUGGUUUGGGGCGGCGACGAAGUGGUCAACUGGCAAGAACGAUGCCUUGAACUGGAACUCUCCCUGCAGCGGUUCCGAGACCAAGCCGGCAAGAUCAGGGAACUUCUCAGAGAAAAGGUUCGCGUGAUGGAGCGGAGGCUAGAGUGGAGUGCUGGCGGUGGAGGCAGCGACGGUGGAGGCAGCACUGGAGGCGGCGACGCUGGCGACGACAUUGACGACCUGCAGGUGGAGAUGGUGGAGAAGGAGGCUGUUAUCACCACCCUCUCAACCCAGGUAGAAGAACAGAGACAACUUCGGCUGCAGGACGCGAAGAAGGUGGAGGCGAAGGCGGCCAAGAUCAAGGAGUGGGUCACCAACAAGCUCAAGGAGCUGGAGGACCAGAACGCUCAUCUUCGGGAGCAGAACGCCAAGUGCAACGUUCAGUUGGAGCUGUUGCGUGGCCGCCUAGCGCAUCUGUCCACCAUGCACACAGACAAGGACCGGGACACUGAGAGGAUAUGGAAAAGGAGGUCCCUAAGUCUGCCUAAGGAUUCAUCAAGGGGGAGCUUCGAGGGUGACCGACCCGACAGCGAUGAAUCUCUACCUGAUGGACGCAAUGAGGCCGAUUACAUCCCCUCCCGCCCAGCCACUCUUGGUCGAGACAGACGCUCUAAAUCCAGGUCACCGGCAGGACUGAGGAGAGCCAGUUCUAGUGAUACAGAUGCCAACUAUGGAGAGAUUCGCUUCAAGUCUCGACACAAUGGACUCCCACGGACUGGUCUGGAGAGAAGAAAAUAUGAUGAUGAUAAGAGAGUGAGAGACUCUCGUGUGGACUCUGGCUCUGUGGACCUCGAGACUCCUCAAAGUUUAAGUCCUAAGAGUCCUCUGGAAGUGAUGCUUAACAGCCUAACACAGAGCACAGGUAGCUUGCCUAGAAGUGGUUCCCGAGCAGGCAGUAGGGGAGACAGUCCCCGGAAACCUGUUCCUCAGCCACGAACCAAACACCUCAAGAAGGGAGGGAGUGUGCCAGCCUAUGUCACAAAGAGUGCCGAUAGUCUUGACCUAGAGCUGGAUGGGUAUGACAAUACAGAGAGCACUGACUCUAGUCAGCUUGCUCGGUCAGGAGACAGUCACUUAAGUGAUGAUGGCAGAAGAUCUCGUGCUAAGGAUGAGGCUCAUGACUACAGUGAAAUCUACACACCCAGCCGUGAUCACGCCCGAUGGCCAGGAGACACAGAGGCCAAUGGAGAAAAGCCUCCCACUCCGCCCCUACACCGCUUCCCAUCGUGGGAGUCGAGAAUAUACCAGGUAGCACAGGAGGGACUGUCUGGGUCUGGGGUUGUCAACACCAGCGGGGAAGUUGCGGCCAGGAUGAGGAGCUCUGGUCUCGGCAGUUACCCAGAGAUACACGUUCCUGUCUAUGCUGCAGUCAAAGGCCGUGCGAGUCAAAUCCGGUCCGUUCCCUUCACUGGGGAUUCCUCAGACUCUUCUGAUGGGGAGGAUCACUGUGGAGGUUCAGACUCUCGGGGUCUCUCCUCCCACACACCGUCAUCUUCAGCAGAGUCUUCCUCCAGCUCUCCUUCCAAGAGCAAGACAUCUUCACUGUCCCCUGCUAAGCUGUCUGGUUCCUCACCCUCCAAGAGCAUGAGAAGAGAUAGCAGUCGGUUAUCUCAAGAAUCAGCUGAUUAUGCUGAUUAUGCCAUCCCACCUGAUGCUAUGCCAGAUUCUAUACCUGAUUCUAUACCAGAUGCUAUACCAACCCUUAAGCUUCCGGAUACAUCCUUUGAGUCUGGUGUGUCCGAUGAUUAUGCAAUCCCACCAGAUGCCAGAAGUGACAGUGGGUCUCUAGAGUCAACAAUGGCACCCACACUCAGUGCCAGGACAUCAUGUGUUGAAACUACCACCAAUACUCUCACUUCAAGCCAUAUUGGCACAAUAUCACCGCGUCGAGAGAGCUCGUUGGAAAAAAUGGGCUACUUAACAAAACUUGGUGGGAAGCUUAAGACGUGGAAAAAACGGUACUUUGUUCUUAAGGAUGGAACGCUGACAUACUGGAAGAGUCAGAGUGAUAUACACCGCAAACCAGCAGGCCAGAUUACAUUAAAUGAAGUUUGUCGUGUUACGCGAUCUGAAGGGGCUCACACCUUUGAGGUCAAUACCGGAAAAAAAACCUACUACCUCACUGCCGACAAUACAGCUUUAGUUGAAGACUGGGUUAGAGUUCUACAGAAUGUGUUACGACGUAAUGCUACUAAGCUGCUGCUGAGCAAAGAAGACAACAAACCCACUUUGCAAGGCUGGCUUACUAAAGUUAAACAUGGACACGCACGACGAUGCUGGUGUGUACUUAUCGGAAAAAUGUUCAUCUACUUCAAGAGUCCUAAUGACCAGAAUCCCAUUAGCCAAAUUAACAUGCGGGAUGCUCGGGUCGAAGAAGUAGAGAAGGUGUCAGAUUCAGAAGGGGAGGAGACAGCAGAGGAUGACACACUCCGGGAAGACCUAACAAUCGGCAUCUUUCCGUCACACCAGGGUCCGACCUACCUCAUCAUGCCAAACAAGCAGGACAAGGAUAAUUGGCUAUAUCACCUAACUGUUGUCUCGGGAGGUGGUCCAAAUGCAGGGACUCAGUAUGAACAGCUUGUGCAGAAACUCAUGGAACUUGAUGGUGACCCAAACUGUGUGUUAUGGCGGCAUCCACUACUAUUACAUAGUAAGGAUCCCAUCUCUUCUCCCUUAACCUCUCUCCCAUCCUCCCAGCUUCAGGCUGAGGCCAUUAAACUCUUUAAGGCAUGUCAGCUGUACACCUCGGUUCUGAUGGACUCAUCAGGUAUAGACUAUCAUGUGGUACUAUGUCAAAAUGCGCUUCAGCAGUGCCUCACUUAUCCUGAACUACAACCUGAACUUCUCAGUGCAUUGAUCAAACAGACAUCGAAACAUCUGCAAGCCAAACCAGGGGUCCAGGUAACCAAGACACUGAACAAAAUCAAGCACUCCCGAAACUUGCUUCUUUGUGCCACACAGUCACUAUUCUUGUGCGAUUCUUCGGGGGCACAGAAGGCCUCGCCAACCUUAGGAAGUGGCCAGCCUCUCCCAGCCGACCCAAAAAUCAAUCCGCCUUCUUUUACAUUUAUCCAGGGUUGGCAGUUCCUUGCCCUGGCAGUCUCAUUAUUUGUGCCUAAAAAUAGCAAGCUUUUGUGGUAUCUCAAACUCCAUCUGGAGAGAAAUGCUGAUACAAAAACUGAGGUAGGAAAGUAUGCUGCAUAUUGCCAACGAGCGCUUGAAAGAACCUUAGAACAUGGAGGCAGAGAGGCUAAGCCAUCUCGGAUGGAAGUCCUUUCUAUUUUACUUAAGAAUCCGUAUCACCACUCUCUACCCCAUGCUAUUCCCGUCCACUUCAUCAAUGGAACCUAUCAGGUCAUUGGCUUUGAUGGCUCAACAACCAUUGAUGAAUUCCUCUCGUCACUAAAUCAAGAAAUUGGUUGUCGUGAUGUUCAUCAGUCUGGAUUUGCUCUUUUCUCCGAUGAUCCGAUUGAAAAGGAUUUGGAGCAUUGCUUGAAUCGUAAUGCAAAGCUCUGCGAUGUUAUAUCAAAAUGGGAAACGGCUCUAAGAGAAAAGGGUUCUGGGAAAUUUGAAAAUACAAAAGUCAUACGCCUUCUUUACAAAUCUCGUCUGUAUUAUAGAGCAGCUGCUAAACAUGAAACUGAUCGUGAGAAAUUAUUACUCUGCUAUCAAGUCAACCAACAAAUACAGCAAGGCAAAUUCCCAAUCACUCGUGAACUUGCACUUGAGUUGGCUACACUCAUGGCCCAGAUUGACAUGGGAGAGGUUAAUAGUGAAAGAUCAAGAGGGUCUGGAUCAUCUGGGCCCUCAACUGCUCACAUCCAACAGGCUUUCACAAAGUUCUACCCUGCUAGGUAUCGCGAAGAUCUUAAUGAAGAGGAAACUAAGACAUUGCAAGACAGCUUACAAGAAAAAUGGGUAGGCUUACGAGGUAGAACGCAGAAUGAUUGCGUUCGCAUAUACCUGACGUGUACAAGAAAGUGGCCAUACUUUGGAGCCACACUCUUUCCAGCUGCCACUCCAUCACCAGACGGCCCACCAACGCCAGUAUGGGUAGCGGUCAGCGAGGAUGCCAUCACGCUUCUCGAUCAUACUAGCAUGGUAUCCAUUGGAAGAUAUGGAUAUGAAUCUGUUGUAACAUUUGGUGGCUGCCAGGAAGAUUUCAUGUUAGUAGUUCACACACCAGAGGAAGACAGUGCACAUCACCCUCCAGGAACCCACAAACUUCUCCUUUGUAUGAAUAAACCAAAGAUCCUGGAACUAACCCUCCUUAUUGCUGACUACAUGAAUGCCAUGGGUCGUCCUCUGCCAGGCACUCCCCAGACAGGAACGCUGACUCGUCACGGGUCUAGAAGGUCGGCUCGAUCCCACAUAACCUCCAUUCCUGGCCAACCCGACUUGUUGAAAAUGACAACAGAAGUAGAUAGCAAAUUACAGCGCCUCGAUGCCAAACGAAGAGCACAGGUCGACUCGACUGUUGUCUGACCCGCAGUGCACGCUAGGUCAUCAUGAGUCAGGUUUAUGCUCGGCCCAACUGCCACACUGUGAUAAUGCUUCACAUAAAUACUAAAAUUUUCAGCUGCUCAUAUGUCCAUACUCCAAAGAUUUUUUUUAGAUAUAUAUAUAUUUGAGAUAUACAAAAAUAGUAAAGUGCAGGACUCCUCUGUGGAGAUGAAGGAAACAGGUAAGUGGUUGUGUAUGGUACACAAAUGACCUUUUACAUUGAUAAUGGAUGUGUUAUGUGGCCGAGCAUAGUUUACAAAUGAUCUGAAAAUAAUAAGAUACCAUUCUGAAAAAAUAAUAUUUGAAUUUUAAAUUCAAAUUAAGUACAGAAUUCAAAGUUAAUUUGGUUAAUUGACUAUAGAAUUUUGUUUACUACGGCACAAUAUUGAUGUUUCAUAAUGAAAUAUAAAACAUCUUUUCAGGUCGUAUAUUAAAUAAUGUGCCUUAUGCUGCACUUUCAAAUCUCUCAAUUAUAUACAGCAAUUUGUGAUUUUAUUUAAAGUAUAGAUUACUAAAUGAAAAUUACACAAAACUGAUAUAUAAGUAUUUUAUUAGAAUAUAACUGCACAUGCAUAUAAAAACAAAUGCCACAUGUAAAGAUGCUUUAAAGCCCUAGUCUAUGAUAAAUCUAGUCUAGAGAGUGUAGUAAGAAAAUGCAGUUUCAUGUAAACAAAAACUGAAAAUAAAGAGAUGCAGUGUACAGCUAUCCAGUCUAGACUGAAUUAAAAUUAGAAUAUAAUUUGCAUACAAGAGAAACCUAAAGUUAACAAAUGGAGUGCUUUAAAUUAAACAAUGGCAGAAGUCAAGUGUUGAAUUUACAGAAUUUUCUUUAUUUUAUUUGUUUAUUUUUUAUGGAAACUUUAGUAGCUCCCCAAAUUUAAGCAAUAGGUUCUAUUUCCUCAAGAAGGCAACAGGAGCUGGAGAUCAGAACCAAAGAAGAAUGAGAACAACCAAAAGCAACAUGACAAAAAGUAUGUACCAGAUGGUAAAUAGACAAUGAAGUCACCACGAUGUAAACACUGAACCUGUUGCAGUAGUUUCUAAGCGUUAUAUGACAAAGAGUGGUGGGAAGACGGAACACCACGAGCGUAGCUGUCAUCCUGUAACUACACUUGGGUAAUUACCUGUCCACCACCAGUUGACACCCCAGGUUGGAUCACUGCAGUAAGCAGUCACCCAACACAAGGCAAAGCAAACCAGAAAGCUCCCUUCUCCCUCUCCCCUCCCUCCAAAAAAAGGAAUGAAAAAAGCAGAGGCAACCAAGCACAACAGAACCAAGCAGGGAGAGCAAAAGGGGCCUUGGAAUCACUGCUCAGCAUGAACCAACUGACUUCAAUACCCUGUAGAAUAGCAGGGAAAGGCCAUUAACACAAGCAGUGGUAAGGGACAAGCAUGGGGCUCAAGAAUCAUGAAAUGGGAGCACAAUGAUGCGGUUAAAAGCCUGAACAUGCCAGGUUCACAGCCCAAUACCAUAGUUCCUGCAAAUUUCAAGAAACCCUGCCCAGAAGCACAAAUGCACACAGAAGGCUAAUGGAAAAUAGUCUCUCUGGAAGUGCAUCUCCAGAGGAGUGUGGUCCAGCCCAUGCUAGGAUGACAAAGAAGGCAUGUUUGGUCAGGGCCAGGUUUCAAAGCUGGCAGAUUGAAAUACCACAUCGUCAGGAAUUAUCAAGAGAAAUCAGUCAUUUCUGAAAGCCCCACCCCCACUUUGGUCGCCCACAGAGAUACCCACCUGGGAAUCUCCAAGCCUUGAGUACCACAGCAGGUUUUUAAGAUUCAUGAGCACCUAACAGAAGCCAGGACCUAAAUCUGGCUCCCUCAAUAGAGGCAAGAGGAGCCUAAGGGACCACCACAAAAAUCUGAAGGAAAAUUACCAGAGGGAUAGUAACACACAAAAAGCAACUGCACCCAAUGUUUUUGCAGCAAGCAAUGCUAGUUGGCAACACUUGCCUGUUGGAGUGAUGAACAAUCAUCAGUGCCUACAGCAUUCAUGAUUGUUUUCAUCCCUGUUGUUGUGAGAUUGUCAAACUUCUAUGCGAGAUGACAGAUAUGUCACGUCACACAUGCCUGCUUUGCUAGUGGCAGCUUACAAGUGCUUUACAGAACAGCAUUCUAUUUUUGUCAUCUGCAACCUCGGUUGGGCUCAAAUACCCGAAGUUCGGAGCCUUCACUGUUUUACGACGACGAAUUUAUGACUUGUCCAAAUUUCUACAAGACCACUUUUACCUUGUUUUGCAAAUCUAUUGGCUCCUAGAUGUACCUGAUACCUACUUGAUGGGGUUCUGGGAGUUCUACUCCCCAAGAAGACUCCCCUACGUGGAUGAGGUUCUAGGAGUUCAUCCUCUCUCCGUGCCUGGCCUUGGGCCAGGCUUGACUUGGGAAAAUUUGGUUCAACAGGCUUGGAGCAGCUUGCACGACCCACAUAUCCACUACAGCUUAGUUGGUCUGGCACUUGCAGAAAAGUGUCCAGUUUUUCUUGAAGAUUUCCACUUUUGUUCUGGCAAUAUUUUUUAUACUUGCUGGGAGGAUAUUGAACAACAGUGGACCUCUGAUGUUCAUACAGUGUUCUUUAAUUGUGUCUAGGUGGCACCUUUAUUCUUCACUGGCUCUUAUUCUGCAUGUUGAUGUCCCUGGAUUUCAAGGAUGCAUGUUAACAUGUCCUGAUUCAUCCAAGAUUCAGAACUUGUUGAGGUUUCUUGAUUCCCAGUUAUGGGUUCUUUACUUUGGCCUAAACCUGGCAGCUAUGACUUUCACCAGGUUGACGCAGGUCGCGGUGUCUCGUCUCUGUGUUACGGGGGAUUUGCAUGUUGGCCUACCUCGACAACUGAUUGGUUUGGGCUCCCAUCUGGUCUCCUUCUUUGCAAGUAAGGGAUCUGGUUGUUUGCAGUUGGCAAAGAACCAAUUCUAGUUAGUUGUGAACUCGCAGAAGUCCAAGUUGGUGCCAUCACAGGUUUUGAUGUGGCUGAGCUUGAAUUGGAAUUCUUGAUCGGCUUGCUCUGCUCUGCCUCCACUGAUUUUGGCUCAGCUGAAUUUCUCAUUUGCAUCUCUAGCAACUAUGAUGCAGCCUGAACUUUAUCUGUGUGGUGUAUUUGUUGUCAUGUUUGGUUGCGAGUGCUGUAUUAGUUUUUCAAGGGAAAGAUUUUCAACCAUCACUGACAUUGGUGGGUGCAGACACUGGCAGCUGUGUGGUGGCUGCUUUGUUACCACUUUCAUUAUGCUAUUCAGUGUUUGAUUCAGCUUUUCCCGCCUGUGCUUGACUAGUUUGCAGAUGUCUCGAGUUUGGGCCCCUUCAUUUAGCGUGCACAAUGGUUCACAAGUUGAUGGUGGUAUGGUUUGCUCAGAAUUUGAUUCACCUACCUUGGGGCACCGUGACCCGACUCCACUCCAGUUGUUUUGACAUGUCAAACUUGUAUGCGAGAUGACAGUUUCUCUCCUUGUGAUUCUUAAUUUAGGAUCAUUAAGCUAGGUUCGUUGUCUGAAUUAGGUUUGCAAGGCAAGCUGGUCACUCCUGUUAUGAAAUUUAACUCUGCAGGUUGGUCGUCAUCUUGAUUUUUGGUUCACGUGCAUGGGAUGUCAUGUGUUUUUGCAGUCUCGCAGCGAUACCUCAUUUUGACGAGUGGACAGUCGAUGACAGGCUCUUCCAUUGGAUCAACGAGAUCCUGUAGCUGGACCUCUUCAUUGAUAGCAUUGCAGUGGAGGAAAGGGCCAGUGCACUAUAUGGAAGCAAGGUGACUCAGCUAGGAGAGAAGGAACCAAACUCCUCAGAGCAGGUGUACCUGGUAGGGUAGGAGAAAAGUGGAAACCAAUAUCCAAGGCAGAAGUCGAGUGCAAAAUAAUAAACCAGAGCACGUGCAAUGAGGUGACAAAAAAGAGUCAUGAAACAGAAGGAACAAAGGACUAUAGUCCAUAGGAAUAUGUUCCAGCAAUAGCCAACAUAAAUUAGCUUAAUGGUGAAAGAGGCAGUGGGCUGCUUGUAUGUAACCAGGCAAAUACAAAUGUAGGCUGUAGAGGCUCCUGAGUGGACUGGGCUGUCACCAGUCACAACAAGCUCAUUGUUUUCAUCAUGGUUAUGUUUGUUGUCUGGUUAUUGUAAUUUUUGUCAUGCAGUUGUUUGCCUCAGUAAACUUGUGUUUCUGGUUUGAGAGAGAGUGCAGUAAUCUCCAGCCCCCCCUUCACCUCACCAAGGUACCCAUAUUAUUAUCCUGUCUGGUAGGCAAGAAUUAGUCUUGGAGGCCUGAUGAAAUUCCCUAAGGUAUGACUUAACCAGUAUUGACCUUCAGGAAGCUAUUGAAGGCUUCUCUUUCCAAAAAGACAAAUUUCUAGAGUGAACUUGACUUGUGUUGCAAAGAAAAGCAGACUGUUUUUGGGUUAACAUGUAUCCAUGAAAAAGGGUUGCAGGACUCUGGGUUAGAAAAUGGCAUCGAUUCCUGGUAAUCCUCCUGGAUCAACCAGGAAUCAGGAGCUCCAGCAAUGUCAAAGAAUUGAUUUGGUUUAUUGUAUUCUUACAGAAAAAAAAAAUUUACUUGAGACAAUGGCAUAUUUAUAUUUUCAAAGUAAAAU